CUUGAUCCCGCCAAAUUUGCUGAAAUAGAUUUAUUCUACUUUUUUUUGUAAUAUUUGUAGUAAAAUAAAAAUGGAUGAGCAUCAGACUACACGCGUUAAUGCAGCGAUGUUGCCUAGCUACCAAGGAAAGAACGUCUGCUUGAUGGGCAUGGCGAAAGACGUUGACACCAAUGGCACUUCAUUCACCCUCACAACAAGUGAUGGAAAAGAUGUCAGAAUUCAAAUGCAAGAGCCUCUGAGCGAGUAUGUGGCUGGUCUGACUGAGGUCCAUGGACAGGUGGAUGGAAGGAACAGCAUUCAGUGUCAAAACUACAUCAGCUUCUCAGAUGAGACCUCACAGAGCUUCAGCUUAGACCUCUACAACAGUGCCGUAGAACUCAUGGUGCGUGCACCACAGCAUUACCAACAGGGGAUCCAGCCAUCACAGUGAUAGAACUACAUGUAAACUUGAGUGUCAAGUCAUGACUUCAUGGAAAGGAAUAUACCUUACACACUUUCUUGGUUCACUUGCCCGCUCAGUCCAUUUAACUGACAAAUAAAUGCCAUAAUGAUAAGAGUGCUUUUUGUACAUUAAAAUGAAGGGCACAUUAUUAAGACUGUUUUUCAAGCUGAAAUAUUUAUCACUAUCUGUCUUUUUUGUUCAUGUUGAACCACCCAUGUGUACAUUUUGUAUUCAAACUUAAUCACAUGCGUUAGCUGUUUCCUGUGUUAUACAAGUUCCAGCAUUUGCAUAAGUUUGUAAACAAAUGGUCAUAGUGUUACAUGUUUGUUGCAAAACAUUAUUUUUGUGUCAUUAAACAUAAACGUGUCAAAGAGAAAUACAUGUCUGAUAGAUAACUUA